CGGACGAACGUCCCUAGCAGUCCAGGACCGUCAAAGACCCAGCGCCAGGCAGCUUCCAUCUUCUGCUCUCACUUCGACAUCGUCCGCCUCCCAAACGUCCGCGAACCAUAUAUCCCCGGAACGCCGGCUGCUGCCACGACCUACCCGCCAAAACGGAUUAGAUCUGCGAUCCCCUAUCUCGAGACGACUCUCCACAGCCAGGCGCAUCUCCUGGAACCUGUGCCAUCCGUCAAUCAUGGCGAACGGAUUCAGCAUCUUCAUCGGCGCUGCCAUCGUGGCAGCCCUGUGCGCCGCCGCGUGGUUCCUCUCUCCCAAAGGCGAAAACCAGACGACGUGGCGCUCGUCCCUCAUCAUCGCCUUCAUCAGCUGCUACCUCAUGUGGGCCAUCACCUUCCUCGCACAGCUCAACCCUCUCAUCGUACCGAAACGGAGCGAUUUGCGCGCGCAAUUUGUGCACGAAGACUAGACCGGACAUUGAUGAGAAAUGGGGGCUCCGUCAGUGAAGAGAAGGCAUGAGGCAUAGGCAGCAAGAGGUCGAAACCACCCUUACUUCGCGGGCAGGCUCCAAGCGCUCAGGAGCCGACAAAUCCGUGCUGAGCUCAGAUGAUUGUCUAGAUGAGGUCGAUCAUACUGGAGAAUUGUGUGAAGAGGUCGGGUUCUGAUUUAGUCUUGUACAUAUGGAAAGGGACGGUCGAGAGAGGGGAGCCUCGAGAACCAAACUAGAAGCGCAGAUCCGAGGUUUGUGCUGGCGUGUGAGGCUUUGCAGCAGCAGACACCAUCGUUUCCCUUGCGGCCAUCGCACUCACCAGCAAAAGACGACGAAGUAGCACCAAGUGUUUUUGGUGACAUCUUUAGCAGCAUGUAUAUAAUAAUCCUCAAGCAAUCGCGAAACGAAAUCGAGCAGAAACAUCACAUCCAUCCAUUUCAUCCUGCGGCGUACCA